UGAAACAUCAAAUAACGUUCUACGCUGCAACUUCAUGUCUUCAUCUUACUCCGACCGCCGUUGUCUGCCAUGACCUGGUACGUUGUUCAUUUCCAUGCUCUUUCUUCUUCAUCACCAUGAUUCCUCGACCCUCAAAUUCAAUCUAUUCCCUUUCUCACUUAAUUCUCACUAAAAAUUCUUUUUUCUUUUCUUCUUCUUCCUCUUCUCUAAUUACUCUUCAUGAUUCUGAAUCAAAACCAAUUUCAAGUCCUUUUUACAAUCUUCUUCCACCCACCCAAAACCCUAACAACAUUGUAAACCUCAUUUCUUCAAUCCUUAAACAGAAAAGUUUCCAUCUUUCCCUUUUUCAAAAUGAAAUCAAAGAGAUUCUUCCUCACAUGGGUUCCCAUGAAAUUUCUAGGGUUUUGCUCAGAUGCCAAUCUGAUUAUUCUUCAGCACUAACAUUUUUCAAUUGGGUUAAAAAUGAUUUGAACAUCACACACAGUGUCCAAAAUUAUUGCAUAAUUGUUCACAUACUUGCUUGGUCUCAAGUUUUCUCUCAAGCUAUGAAAUUGUUGUCUGAGUUGAUACAGUUGAAUGUUCCUGAUGAGGAUAUUUAUAAGAAUUUGAUUGGUUUCACUGAGGAUUGUAAUUGGAAUCCUGUAAUCUUUGAUAUGCUUAUUAAGGCUUAUGUGAAGUUAGGCAUGGUUGAUAAAGGUUUGGAAACUUUUAGGAACAAUGUUGAGGCUUGUUUUGUUCCGAAUGUUGUUGCUUGUAAUUGUUUGUUGAGUGGUUUGUCAAAGUUUAAUUAUAUUGAUGCAUGUUGGGAAGUGUAUGAAGAAAUGGGAAGACUUGGAAUACAUAGGAAUGUUUAUACUUUCAAUAUUAUGACACAUGUUUUGUGUCGAGAUGGAGAUACCGAUAAAGUGAACGGAUUCCUCGAGAAAAUGGAGGAAGAAGGAUUUGAACCGGAUUUGGUUACGUAUAACACACUCAUUAAUGGCUAUUGUAGAAAAAGAAGGUUGGAGGAUGCAUUUUAUCUUUACAAGAUCAUGUGCAUUAGAGGCGUGGUUCCUAAUUUGAUUUCGUAUAGUGCGUUGAUGAACGGUCUUUGUAAAGAAGGGAAGAUCAAGGAGGCUCAUCAGCUUUUUAAUCAGAUGGCUCAGAAAGGAAUUGAUCCGGACAUUGUGUCGUAUAAUACUCUUGUAUCCGGUUAUUGCAAAGAAGGUAAGAUGCAAAUGUGUAGAUCACUAUUGCACGAAAUGAUAGGGAUCGGGAUCCGUCCCGACAGUGUCACAUGUAGGAUUGUUUUUCAAGGAUAUGCAAAGGAGGGAAAGCUUUUGUCGGCGUUGAAUUUGGUUGCGGAGCUUCAGAGAUUUGGAAUUAAGAUUCCUGAAAAUUUAUAUGAUUAUCUCUUAGUUGCAUUGUGUAAAGAAGGUCGACCGUUUGCGGCUCAAAGUUUUCUGAUAAGGAUAUCUCAAGACGGUUAUGUGCCGGAAAUGAGUACUUACGUUGAACUAGUAGAGUCUCUAUGUAGAUUCAAUAAUGCGGACGAAGCGUUGAUUUUGAAAUCUGAGAUGACAAAAAAGAGUAUGAAACUGAAUCUCACUACCUAUAAAGCUAUCAUAAGCUGCUUAUGUAGAGUAAGAAGAACUUCAGAAGCUGAAGGCUCGUUGGAAGAAAUGGUUCGUUUAGAUAUUUUACCCGAUUUAGAAAUAAAGAGAGCAUUAAUAAAUGGUUAUUGCGAAGAAAAUGAUGUUGAAAAAGCGGUGUUGUUAUUGAAAUAUUUUGCCAAGGAGUUUCAAGUUUACGAUACCGUUAGCUACAAUGCGAUUGUUAAAGUUUUUUGUGAGGGUGGUAAUGUGGCUGAGUUGAUGGAACUUCAAGAUGAGCUUAUCAAGAUAGGUUUUGUUCCAAAUAGUUUAACAUGCAAGUAUGUUAUCCGAGGAUUGCAGAAAGAUAUGGAACUCGAUGACGAUAUAUUGGACCGCGACAUGCUUGAAGUCUAAGUUGUUCCGAACUAGGUCUGCGUUCGUCAACUCACCUCACUUUACGAAGGGAGCGAAAUUGAUGGUAUGGUAAGAACCAAGCCAGUUAAGGAUUCAGUUCCUCAGCAGCACGUAAUCUGCCACAUUUUCUACUGCAAACACGUCAACCGUUUGAUAAAUCCAAGAUAAAUAGAGACUUUUUGAACGUUUGAAUGAGUCUGAUCUGGUCCAAAUAUGUGUUCAAAUUGAAUUAUGAUAGCAAAGCUCGGGCCACCAUUGAAGAACCCAAACGCCAUUGCCAAGGUUUGAGAUUCUUCCGGUGGUUGCUUCUCUAUAUGGCUUUUUAUGUGGGGAAUACUCAUCCCUCUUCUUAGGCGCACCCACACCUCCGAAAACUCAAAAAUGUCAUUACAGAUGUCUGGACUGGAGAUGCACCUCUGGACGUAUCUAAAAUUAUAUUAGUUGUCGUAUCAGCCAUUCUAUUUUUAUCAAAAUCUUUUUUAGAGAUGCAUUUUCGUAUAUUUUAUGGUAUGAAUUCGGAAAUGCAUCUUCGUAAAAUCUCCUGUAUUCAUUUAUGAUAUUUUUAUCCACUAAGCUGGUUUAUUUAACAACUUAGUGACGAUUUCAGAGAUGCA